GGGGGUCCGCUCGGCAGCUGAGGCUUCGGGCGGCCGUUUGUCCGCCGCCGGUGCUCGCUCAGCCGGUCUGGGAGCGGCGGUUUGAUCCCAAAGUGAGAGGAGGCCGUGACCUAGGCCCGCCCCCUGCGCUUCUGGGUGGGAAGGAGGAGGGGAGCCCGCGGGGCUAGAGGAGUGGGCAUGCGCAGCUCCGCGAGACCCCCCCCCCCCCCCCCCAAGCGCGGGGCAUGAGCCCGCGGGGCUCCUGCAUACCCCAUCUCUCCCGGGGCAUGGCUUCUGUUGGGUGCUGCGAGGCGGCGCUGCGACCUAAGGCCGACCCCAGUCGCACUUUCCUGUCCUACUCUCUGGAAGAUGCCUCUCUCCCUCUGUGAUCGCGGGCCUGCGGGGAUCCGCUUGUGACCCCUGCCACGCCCGCACACCCUUGCCCCCUGCCUUCAUCCCUCUGCUCUCCUAACCCGACCUCCCCUGCUCGGGGGCAGUCGCCUCUUUUCCUCCUCCUCCGAGGUCUCAGCCCCUUCGCUCGUGUGCAGGUGGGCAUGGAGGUACAGAAACAUUCUGUGCACACGCUUGUGUUCAGAUCACUGAAGAGGACCCAUGACAUGUUUGUGGCUGAUAACGCAAAACCAGUACAGUUAGAUGAAGAGAGUCACAAGCUAAAGAUGGCUGUCAAACUUCAUACAGAAUAUGGUCCUGUGUUGCACAUGCCUAUUUUGAAAGAAAAUCUUAGAGAGAAAGGCGCUCAGAGUGCUGUGGAUGCAUAUGGGCAUAAACAGUAUCCUGCCAAUCAAGGACAAGAACUUGAAUAUUUAGUAACUGGUACACAUCCAUAUCCACCAGGACCUGGUGUGGCUUUGACUGCAGAUACUAAGAUUCAGAGAAUGCCAAGUGAAUCUGCUGCACAGUCUUUAGCUGUGGCUCUACCUCCUUCACAAUCCAGGAUAGAUGCAAACCGUACUUCAGCUGGUGUAGGUGAUAUUUACCGACAUGCUGGACUUCCUGAACGUUCACAGCCACCUGGAUUAGCUAUGGCUAUGAUGGAAUCUGGUGGCACCAAGAAUGCUGCAAUGAUGGCCAAAAAGGCACCUACAAUGCCUAAACCACAGUGGCAUCCACCAUGGAAGUUAUAUAGGGUCAUCAGUGGACACCUAGGCUGGGUCCGAUGUAUUGCAGUAGAACCUGGGAAUCAGUGGUUUGUUACUGGUUCUGCUGAUAGGACUAUAAAGAUCUGGGACCUGGCAAGUGGCAAAUUAAAACUUUCAUUGACUGGACAUAUCAGUACUGUACGAGGGGUGAUAGUGAGUGCAAGAAGUCCAUACCUCUUCUCCUGUGGAGAAGAUAAACAGGUGAAGUGCUGGGAUCUCGAAUACAAUAAGGUUAUCAGACACUACCAUGGACAUCUAAGUGCAGUGUAUGGUUUGGAUUUACACCCAACGAUUGAUGUGCUUGUGACUUGUAGUAGAGAUUCAACUGCACGGAUAUGGGAUGUGAGGACAAAAGCCAGUGUACACACGUUGGCAGGGCAUACGAAUGCAGUGGCUACAGUAAAGUGUCAAGCUGCGGAACCACAGAUCAUUACAGGAAGCCACGAUACUACCAUACGAUUAUGGGACUUAGUGGCAGGAAAAACACGUGUCACGCUAACGAAUCACAAAAAAUCAGUUAGAGCAGUGGUUUUGCAUCCAAGACAUUACACAUUUGCAUCUGGUUCUCCAGAUAAUAUUAAACAGUGGAAAUUCCCUGAUGGCAACUUCAUUCAAAACCUUUCCGGUCAUAAUGCUAUAAUUAAUACGCUGGCUGUGAAUUCGGAUGGGGUGCUGGUAUCUGGAGCGGAUAAUGGCACUAUGCAUCUCUGGGAUUGGAGAACUGGAUAUAAUUUCCAAAGAGUACAUGCAGCUGUGCAACCUGGAUCUUUGGACAGUGAAUCAGGAAUAUUUGCGUGUGCGUUUGACCAGUCUGAAAGUCGAUUACUGACUGCAGAAGCUGAUAAAACCAUUAAAGUAUACAGAGAAGAUGAUUCAGCGACGGAAGAAACUCAUCCGGUCAGCUGGAAACCAGAAAUUAUCAAGAGAAAAAGAUUUUAAAGUGGCAACGUGUACAUAAUUGGGCCAUUGUUUUAUUUUGGCUUUUAUAAAUGCAUUCAGUCACAUUGUGCUCUAUAUAGGACUAUAAAGCAGAAAUUCAGCCGAAGUCAUUACUGCUUCAUCACAUUUUACAAUAAACUCCCUUUUUUUCUUA